AUGGAUCUCAAACAUAGUUAUUCAGUGAAGCUUAAUGAUGGAAACUUGAUGCCAGUGCUUGGAUUUGGUACAUUUGCUUCAGAAGAAGUUCCAAAAAGCAAGGCCUUUGAGGCCACCAAAGUAGCCAUUGAUGUGGGUUUCCGUCACAUAGAUGCUGCAUACUUUUAUCAAAAUGAGGAAGAAGUUGGACAGGCUCUUCGAGACAAGAUCACUGAUGGAACUGUGAAGAGGGAGGAUUUAUUCUAUACCACCAAGAUUUGGGCUACUUUCCUUAGACCAGAGUUGGUUCGUCAGUGCCUGGAGAGAUCGCUGAAGAAACUUGGGCUGGAUUAUGUAGAUCUCUGCAUUAUUCAUGUACCUUUUGCCAUGAAGCCAGGAGAGGAACUUCUGCCAAAUGAUGCUAGUGGAAAAAUUAUUUUAGAAACAGUGGACAUUCGUGAUACAUGGGAGGCCCUGGAGAAGUGUAAAGACUCAGGUUUAACCAAGUCCAUAGGGGUGUCCAAUUUCAACCACAAACAGCUGGAAUUGAUUCUGAACAAACCAGGGCUAAAAUACAAACCCACUUGCAACCAAGUAGAAUGUCACCCGUAUCUCAAUCAGAGCAAACUUCUGGAAUUCUGCAAAUCCAAAGACAUUGUUCUAGUUGCCUACAGUGCCCUGGGAUCCCACAGAGACCCAAACUGGAUCGACAGUGAUAGCCCAUACCUUCUGGAGGAGCCUAUCUUAAAGACCAUUGCCAAGAAACAUAACCGAACUCCAGGCCAAGUUGCCCUGCGCUACCUGCUACAGAGGGGUGUGGUGGUUUUGGCCAAGAGCUUCAAUGAGAAGAGAAUCAAAGAGAACUUCCAGGUGUUUGACUUUGAAUUGACCCCAGAGGACAUGAAAGUGAUUGACAGCCUCAACAAAAAUUUUCGAUAUAGUAAAAUGUCAUUUGCGGUGGAUCACCCUUUCUAUCCAUUUUUGGAAGAAUAUUGA